CCUUGGGGUUGGCAUUCGUUUGUCCUCUCUUGUGGGGGAAGAGGGGCCGUGUGAUGAGCCAGAGGCACACCCGUCCCAUCCCCAUCUUUAGAAUCCGUCUAGUUAGGGAUGGCGCUGCACCCAGGGCAUCCCACGAGAUCCUCACCAGGAGGUCUGCACAGCUGUGCACACCCGAGUGCCAGCAUUUGGAUGCCAACUCCUGUGUUGCUGCCCAGAUGUUUCUGAAAACCCGCAGGGUUUCCUGGGUCCCUUUGGGGUGAACGCUGAUGUCCCUUCAGUCGCUGCCUCCUAUGUCCAGGUUUGCCUCCCCCCAGGCAGUCUGAGGAGACCCUGUGCCCCCAGAAGCAGGAUGAGAAGAUGGCAAACUUCCUGUUACCUCGGGGCACCAGCAGCUUCCGUAGGUUCACCCGGGAGUCUCUGGCGGCCAUCGAGAAGCGCAUGGCGGAGAAGCAGGCCCAAGGUUCGGCCGCGUCGCAGGAGAGUCGUGAGGGCCUGCCGGAGGAGGAGGCUCCCCGGCCCCAGCUGGACCUGCAGGCCUCCAAAAAACUGCCAGAUCUCUAUGGCAACCCACCUCGAGAGCUCAUUGGGGAGCCCCUGGAAGAUCUGGACCCUUUCUAUAGUACCCAGAAGACCUUCAUCGUGCUGAAUAAGGGCAAGACCAUCUUCCGGUUCAGCGCCACCAACGCCUUGUACGUCCUCAGCCCCUUCCACCCCGUGCGCAGAGCGGCAGUGAAGAUCCUGGUACAUUCUCUCUUCAGCAUGCUCAUCAUGUGCACCAUCCUGACCAACUGUGUGUUCAUGGCCCAGCACGACCCUCCGCCCUGGACCAAAUAUGUCGAGUACACCUUCACCGCCAUCUACACCUUUGAGUCUCUGGUCAAGAUUCUAGCUCGCGGCUUCUGCCUGCAUGCCUUCACGUUCCUCCGGGACCCGUGGAACUGGCUAGACUUCAGCGUGAUAGUCAUGGCAUACACAACUGAAUUUGUGGACCUGGGCAAUGUCUCUGCCUUACGCACCUUCCGAGUCCUCCGGGCCCUGAAAACUAUAUCAGUCAUUUCAGGCCUGAAGACCAUCGUGGGAGCCCUGAUCCAGUCUGUGAAGAAGCUGGCUGACGUGAUGGUCCUCACUGUCUUCUGCCUCAGCGUCUUUGCCCUCAUUGGCCUGCAGCUCUUCAUGGGCAACCUGAGGCACAAGUGUGUGCGUAACUUUACUGAGCUCAACGGCACCAACGGUUCUGUGGAGUCUGACGGCCUGGUCUGGGACUCUCUGGACCUCUACCUCAAUGACCCAGACAAUUACCUGCUCAAGAACGGCACCACCGACGUGUUACUGUGUGGGAACAGCUCCGACGCCGGGACAUGUCCUGAGGGCUACCGGUGCCUGAAGGCAGGUGAGAACCCAGACCAUGGCUACACCAGCUUCGACUCCUUUGCCUGGGCUUUCCUCGCGCUCUUCCGCCUGAUGACGCAGGACUGCUGGGAACGCCUAUACCAGCAGACCCUGAGGUCCGCCGGGAAGAUCUACAUGAUCUUCUUCAUGCUCGUCAUCUUCCUGGGCUCCUUCUACCUGGUGAACUUGAUCCUGGCUGUGGUGGCCAUGGCCUAUGAGGAGCAGAACCAAGCCACCAUCGCUGAGACGGAGGAGAAGGAGAAGCGCUUCCAGGAGGCCAUGGAGAUGCUCAAGAAAGAGCACGAGGCUCUCACCAUCAGGGGUGUGGACACUGUGUCCCGUAGCUCCUUGGAGAUGUCCCCACUGGCCCCAGUCACCAACCAUGAGAGAAGGAGCAAAAGAAGGAAGCGACUGUCUUCAGGGACAGAGGAUGGUGGGGAUGACAGGCUCCCCAAGUCCGACUCAGAAGAUGGUCCCAGAGCACUGAAUCGACUCAGCCUUGCCCAUGGACUUAGCCGGACAUCGAUGAAGCCCCGCUCCAGCCGAGGGAGCAUUUUCACCUUUCGAAGACGGGACCAGGGCUCUGAGGCGGAUUUUGCGGAUGAUGAGAACAGCACCGCGGGGGAGAGUGAGAGCCACCGCACAUCGCUGCUGGUGCCCUGGCCCCUGCGCCGUCCCAGUGCCCAAGGACAGCACAGUCCUGGGACCUCCCCUCCUGGCCAUGUCCUCAAUGGCAAAAGAAACAGCACCGUGGACUGCAACGGGGUAGUUUCUUUGUUGGGGGCAGGUGAUGCAGAGGCCACCUCCCCAGGGAGCCACCUUCUCCGCCCUAUGGUGCUGGAACGACCCCCAGACACGACCACGCCAUCCGAGGAUCCAGGUGGGCCCCAGAUGCUGACCCCCCAGGCUCCAUGUGUAGAUGGCUUUGAGGAGCCCGGAGCACGGCAGCGGGCACUCAGUGCUGUCAGUGUCCUCACGAGCGCCCUGGAAGAGCUGGAGGAGUCCCACCGUAAAUGUCCGCCAUGCUGGAACCGCUUUGCCCAGCGUUAUCUAAUCUGGGAGUGCUGCCCACUCUGGAUGUCCAUCAAGCAGAAAGUGAAGUUCGUGGUCAUGGACCCGUUUGCUGACCUCACCAUCACCAUGUGCAUUGUGCUUAACACGCUCUUCAUGGCUCUGGAGCACUACAACAUGACAGUCGAGUUUGAGGAGAUGCUGCAGGUCGGAAACCUGGUCUUCACGGGGAUUUUCACUGCAGAGAUGACCUUCAAGAUCAUUGCCCUUGACCCCUACUACUACUUCCAGCAGGGCUGGAACAUCUUCGACAGCAUCAUUGUCAUCCUCAGCCUCAUGGAGCUGGGCCUGUCCCGCAUGGGCAACCUGUCUGUGCUGCGUUCCUUCCGCCUGCUGCGGGUCUUCAAGCUGGCCAAGUCGUGGCCCACCCUGAACACACUCAUCAAGAUCAUCGGGAACUCCGUGGGGGCCCUGGGCAACCUGACGCUGGUACUGGCCAUCAUCGUCUUCAUCUUCGCCGUGGUGGGCAUGCAGCUCUUCGGCAAGAACUACUCGGAGCUGAGGCACCGCAUCAGCGACUCCGGCCUGCUGCCCCGCUGGCACAUGAUGGACUUCUUCCACGCCUUCCUCAUCAUCUUCCGCAUCCUCUGUGGGGAGUGGAUCGAGACCAUGUGGGACUGCAUGCAGGUGUCUGGGCAGUCGCUGUGUUUGCUCGUCUUCCUGCUCGUCAUGGUCAUUGGCAACCUUGUGGUCCUGAACCUCUUCCUGGCCUUGCUGCUCAGCUCCUUCAGCGCGGACAACCUGACCGCCCCUGACGAGGAUGGGGAGAUGAACAACCUUCAGCUGGCCCUGGCCCGCAUCCAGCGGGGCCUGCGCUUCGUCAAGAGGACCACCUGGGACUUCUGCUGCGGGCUCCUGCGGAGGCCACCCAAGAAGCCCGCGGCUCUUGCUGCCCACAGCCAGAUGCCCAGCUGUGUCGCCGCCCCCAGGUCCCCAGCACCCCCAGAGGUGGAGAAGGCGCCCCCGGCCCGCAAGGAGACACGAUUUGAGGAGGACGAGCGGCCGGGCGGGGCCACCCCGGGGGACACGGAGCCCGUGUGUGUGCCCAUCGCCGUGGCUGAGUCAGACACUGAUGACCAGGAGGAGGAGGAGGAGGAUGGAGAGGACAGCCUUGGCACCGAGGAAGAAUCCAGCAAACAGCAGGAAUCCCAGGUUGUGUCUGGUGGCCAAGAGCCCCCUCGUGAGCCCGGGGCCUGGAGCCAGGUGUCAGAGACUGCAUCCUCGGAAGCUGAGGCCAGCACGUCUCAGGCAGACUGGCAGCGAGAGCGGGAAGCGGAUCCCCGGGCCCCGGGGUGCAGUGAGGCCCCUGAGGACAGCUACUCAGAGGGUAGCACCGCUGACCUGACCAACACCGCCGACCUCCUGGAGCAAAUCCCAGACCUUGGCGAGGAUGUCAAGGACCCAGAGGACUGCUUCACCGAAGGCUGUGUCCGACGCUGCCCCUGCUGCACAGUAGACACGACGCAGGCCCCCGGGAAGGUCUGGUGGAGGUUGCGCAAGACCUGCUACCGCAUCGUGGAGCACAGCUGGUUCGAGACGUUCAUCAUCUUCAUGAUCCUGCUGAGCAGUGGCGCCCUGGCCUUCGAGGACAUCUACCUGGAGGAGCGGAAGACCAUCAAGGUCUUGCUGGAGUACGCCGACAAGAUGUUCACCUAUGUCUUUGUGUUGGAGAUGCUGCUCAAGUGGGUGGCCUACGGCUUCAAGAAGUACUUCACCAACGCCUGGUGCUGGCUGGACUUCCUCAUUGUGGAUGUCUCGCUGGUCAGCCUCGUGGCCAACACCUUAGGCUUUGCCGAGAUGGGCCCCAUCAAGUCCCUGAGGACACUGCGCGCACUGCGACCUCUGAGGGCCUUGUCACGAUUUGAGGGCAUGAGGGUGGUGGUCAACGCGCUGGUGGGCGCCAUCCCCUCCAUCAUGAACGUCCUCCUGGUCUGCCUCAUCUUCUGGCUCAUCUUCAGCAUCAUGGGCGUGAACCUCUUCGCCGGCAAGUUUGGUAGGUGCAUCAACCAGACCGAGGGGGACCUGCCGCUCAACUACACCAUCGUGAACAACAAGAGCGAGUGUGAGUCCUUCAAUGUGACCGGAGACUUGUACUGGACCAAGGUGAAAGUCAACUUCGACAACGUGGGGGCUGGGUACCUGGCUCUUCUGCAGGUGGCAACAUUCAAAGGCUGGAUGGACAUCAUGUAUGCGGCCGUGGACUCCAGAGGGUACGAGGAGCAGCCGCAGUGGGAGCACAACCUCUACAUGUACAUCUACUUCGUCGUCUUCAUCAUCUUCGGCUCCUUCUUCACCCUGAACCUGUUCAUUGGUGUCAUCAUCGAUAACUUCAACCAGCAGAAGAAAAAGCUAGGGGGCCAGGACAUCUUCAUGACAGAGGAGCAGAAGAAGUACUACAAUGCCAUGAAGAAGCUGGGCUCCAAGAAGCCCCAGAAGCCCAUCCCACGGCCCCUGAACAAGUACCAGGGCUUCAUCUUCGACAUUGUGACCAAGCAGGCCUUCGACGUCACCAUCAUGUUCCUCAUCUGUUUAAACAUGGUGACCAUGAUGGUGGAGACGGAUGACCAGAGCCCUGAGAAGGUCAACAUCUUAACCAAGGUCAACCUGCUCUUCGUCGCCAUCUUCACAGGCGAGUGUAUUGUCAAGAUGGCUGCCCUGCGCCACUAUUACUUCACCAACAGCUGGAAUAUCUUCGACUUCGUGGUCGUCAUCCUCUCCAUCGUGGGCACCGUCCUCUCUGACAUCAUCCAGAAGUACUUCUUCUCCCCGACGCUCUUCCGGGUCAUCCGUCUGGCCAGGAUCGGCCGCAUCCUCAGGCUCAUCCGAGGAGCCAAGGGGAUCCGCACCCUGCUCUUCGCCCUCAUGAUGUCCCUGCCCGCCCUCUUCAACAUCGGCCUCCUGCUCUUCCUCGUCAUGUUCAUCUACGCCAUCUUCGGCAUGGCCAACUUCGCUUACGUCAAAUGGGAGGCAGGCAUCGACGACAUGUUCAACUUCCAGACCUUUGCCAACAGCAUGCUGUGCCUUUUCCAGAUCACCACGUCAGCCGGCUGGGACGGCCUCCUCAGCCCCAUCCUCAACACGGGGCCCCCGUACUGCGACCCCCACCUGCCCAACAGCAACGGCUCCCGGGGGAACUGCGGGAGCCCGGCCGUGGGCAUCCUCUUCUUCACCACCUACAUCAUCAUCUCCUUCCUCAUCGUGGUCAACAUGUACAUCGCCAUCAUCCUCGAGAACUUCAGCGUGGCCACAGAGGAGAGCACGGAGCCCCUGAGCGAGGACGACUUUGACAUGUUCUAUGAGAUCUGGGAGAAGUUCGACCCGGAGGCCACCCAGUUCAUCGAGUAUCUGGCCCUGUCCGACUUUGCGGACGCCCUGUCUGAGCCGCUGCGCAUUGCCAAGCCCAACCAGAUAAGCCUCAUCAACAUGGACUUGCCCAUGGUGAGCGGGGAUCGUAUCCACUGUAUGGACAUCCUGUUUGCCUUCACCAAGAGGGUGCUCGGGGAGUCCGGGGAAAUGGACGCUCUGAAGAUCCAGAUGGAGGAGAAGUUCAUGGCAGCCAACCCUUCCAAGAUCUCUUACGAGCCCAUCACCACCACCCUCCGCCGGAAGCACGAGGAGGUGUCAGCCACGGUCAUCCAGCGGGCCUUCCGGAGGCACCUGCUGCAGCGGUCGGUGAAGCAUGCUUCCUUUCUCUUCCGCCAGCAGGCGGGCAGCGGCCCCUCUGAGGAGGAGGCCCCAGAGCGAGAAGGCCUCAUUGCGUACAUGCUGGGUGAGAACUUCUCCCGGCGCAGUGGGCCACCCUCCAGCUCCUCUAUCUCCUCCACGUCCUUCCCCCCCUCCUAUGACAGCGUCACCAGAGCCACCAGUGAUAACCUCCCGGUGCGAGCAUCUGACUAUAGCCGCAGUGAAGAUCUUGCAGACUUCCCUCCGUCUCCAGAUAGGGACCGAGAAUCGAUAGUGUGAGUCUGGCUACCCCUGGCCGAGACACACCUUGUUGUAUGGUGACAAACCUGAGUGCAGUUAAAACCAGUGUCAGCUGAGGCCUUCCUGGCUUUGGGCUUCGGAGGUGACAGAUGAGCCUGAUUUGGAGAGACCACAAGGCAGAGCUCUGUGUCUCUGCGUUGGAGCCAGACGCAGCCGGAGGAAACCCUAUUGGUAGAGGCCUGUCCCUGGAGGCCUCUGUCCCAUCCUAGUAGCCUGUCUGGCCAGGCUCUGAAUGGCAACUCGGAGGUGGAAUGGAAAACACACUGUACAUGUUGUGAACAGGCUUUCAUAGAUUUAUUAUAUUUGAUAUUUUUUUACUUGAGCAAAGAACAUCUUUUUUUCCAUGAACAUCUGUAGCAGUUCACACUGCCUCUUCCUAACACUGAACAAGAGAAUCCGCAGAGCUGCCAGAACUCUGCUCUCAAAGCUAACGGGAUCCAGUGUGGCUUCCUUGGGUCUUCAGGCCCUGGGAAGGAACGCGGUUCCUGUCACGUGGGCUGAGGAGCCAGGAAGGCCUAAGCCCUUCAUGUGCACGCACGCACGCACACGCGUGUGCACACUUCACACACUGGGCCCAGAGACAGGCCACAGGGGCCCAGGGGCCCCUCAGGCAAGCGUGGUGAGCUGCUCCAAGGGAGACAGGUUUUCCUUCCUGGCCCCAGAGUGAGAGUCUCCUCCAGUGGCUCCCACUCUACACCCCUGUUGUCCCCGGGAUUCCAGUUUCCUUUUUACUCGAGCUUCACCGAGGUCAGUGCUAGGGAAAUUAAAAGCUUCCCAACGAGCAGCCUGGGUCUUCGAUGGUCUCUGCUCCUUCCCCAUCUCCUGUCAGAGUAUUAAUGUUGGAGCCUCAGGGCAUAAGGGGCAGCCCCGCUCACAGCCAGGCACCGAGCCUGCUCCGGGGCUGUGGCAGGCCCUGUCUACCAGCCGAGGGGAGAGAAGGCUGUCCCGCGUGGUCCGCUGAACUGUGCCCAGCCUAGGCAGCUGCACAGCCCACCUGACAAAGGAAGUGGCCUCCGUUUACCAGGCUCCCCUGGGGUCGCUCUGCCUCUGACCAUGUGUGAAGAGGGUACCCACUGGGGCUGCAGUUCCUCUCCAGGCACCGCGUAAGUGGGAGGGCAGCCCGGCCCUGCCUGGAGAAAGGCCCCGGAUGGUGCCGCCUGGCUCUGUGCCCUGGGAGGGGACAAGCGAAUUAUCCCAUUGGGGAAGGAGGUGGUGAGGCGCCAGGGCUCAGCACAGGGCCUGGAGCUGUCCAGACACAGGACCCCCGAGGACAGGGAUUCGGCCAUCCCAGGAGUCUUCCAAGAAGGCUUUUUCAGGGACGAUGAUUUUACUAGUCCAGUUAUCCCCGUGACCCCUGCAGCAGUUGACAAUCCUGUUUAGCAUAUGCAAAUGUUUUAACGUGGAGAACUGUGGGGGUGACUGGAUUGUCUGGUGGAGCCUGAGCAGGCAGGGGCUCGGCUGCCCAAGUCUUGCUCUCCAGCAGAGCCACCCUCUGGCUGGGGGCACCCACCUCACAGGCCACCUCAGUCUCACCUGCCCGUGCGCUGCGCCGCGCCGUGGGCUGGCUGCUCCUACCUACCUCGCCGAGCUGCCGGAGGGCUGGACGCUCCUGGCAGUGCUGAAGGGGGCGCUGCGGGCGAGCCAAGUAUUAAGUUCCUUCUGUCACCUCAGUUCCCUUGGUGGCAACCGGCCCCAACCCCACCUGCUCCUGGAGACUUAUCCAAUGUCCCCAUUGAGUCCGUCCUGGGGAGUUUGGUUUUAACUGUCCUGGUGACGCUUCUCUGAGUGGAAAUCUUAUUUUUGUAGAUCUGUGCUUUGCUCUCAAGACUUGGAGAGAUGCGUGUCCCUCCCUGACACUCACGUCAGGCUGCACAGGCAGGAAUGUGGCCUGGGGCUGGCCGGGCUGCCAUCCCAGCUGGCCGGAAGGACGCUGUGGUUUCGAGUGUGCGGAUAGCUUGGGAGCCUUAAGACAGGUGCCCGGGGCCGGCUGCAGACAGGAUGACCAAGGGCAGGAGCAAGCUAAGCCCCAACUCCUUGGCCCAGCACCGUCUCUCUUUCUAGAACUGCACAGUCACGUGCAGAAGGGGAGAAGAAGGCAGACACAGAGGAGGGAGAGGGGCGGGCGUGUAUGUCAGGUGUUGUCUGAAGUGAACGAGCACUUCUCACCAAGCUUCGCAUAUAAAGGAAAUACGUUAUUUUUCAAACAAACUAAUAAAUGGCUUACAUGA